CUCGUGAAAUUUUACAUUUAACAUUUUGUGAUUUUAGCUAUUGUAUACUACUUCACCACGGUUGGCUUAUAAUUCGGCAUUCACUUUUUUGAAAGCCUGUUGGUUGAGUCCUUUUUAAGAUUAAGUAUUUUAAAUAUCACGGCAACCAUGUAAGCUGAUUUGUAUUAGAUGUUUUAAUUUUCCUAAAGUGUUUAGUAAUUUGUAUGAAAGCUGUACCGAUCUUUUGAAUUGGAUUUCUUUUGUAUUUUCUCGACAAUGUCGCCAUUGCGGCAGACGACGUGACACAAAUCGAACCGCCCUGUCCGUUGAACGAUUUUACAGGACUUUCCUGCUGUGGCUAGCGAAUGGAUGAACAACAUGGACGACCCGCGGGAUGUUCAAACUUCUAAGCGAAACGGGAGCUCCAGGUCGUUAUUAUCGGCCGGCUCCUCGGUGGCAAUGGAGAUUAAACGGAAGAAAAUACGACAGAGUGCCUUAUUUCUGCAAACGGAGACCAAAAGCAUGAAACGAUGCCCAAAUCUUCUGAAUGACACUCUGCAGAUAGUAGAAGACAUGAAUUUGUUGUACAUACGACAGAUUUCUAAGAAGCUACAGAAGAACACUAACAUACAAGAAAAGCUUGAUUUUGAGAUGCGAAUGCGGGAGGGUGCCUACAAGCUGCUACUCGCCUGCAGUAAGAGAGAACAGGUCCUUAACGCCUCCAAGAACCUGCUGACCUGCAACGCCAGGAUCAAGGCUUAUCUCACACAGCUGCAGAAGAUGAAAUGGGAACAGGACAUGAUGGGAGCAGUCAGGAGACUUUCAGAUCCGGUGUCAGAUGACCGUGUUCCCUGUAAUGGGACAAUUGCAAUGUCUGAUCUGCGUAUUCCUUUGAUAUGGAGGGAUUCAGACCACUUCAACAACAGAGGGAGCUCUCGUCGAGUGGCGGUGUUCUGUCUGAUGCAGAUGGGCUCAGAGGUGUUUGACACACAGAUGGUGGUGGUGGACAGAUCAGUCACUGACAUCUGCUUUGAGGCAGUCACUAUCUUUAAAGAAGCAGAUCCUCAGUUUGAGCUGAAGGUGGAGUUGUGGAGCUGUGCCCUGGAAGAAGAGCUCACAUUGGUAAACACACCAAAGAAGCUCGCCAAGAAGCUCCGCAACUCUUUUGGAAAGACAGCUGGGAAGAAGCUCUGCCCUCUGCUGGACAAUCCAGACCCUGACACCUUCCUGCAGUAUAAUCCCAUACCGCUUGGAGCCAAGUACAGCCUGUUGGCCUACACUACACUGUGUCUACCUGAGGCUGAAGGCAGCUUUCAGUCUCACUCCCUCAUUGUCCUCCAAGGCGCUGAGUUGUCAUCUUGGCUUCCACUUUAUGGCAACCUCUGCUGCCGGUUGGUGGCCCAGCCUGUCUGCAUGAUACAGAGCAUGAUGACCGGCCACCUGAGCCAGAAGCAAAGUGUGGAGGGAAUGUACCGUUGCUGCAGUCUUUACUGUGUGCUUAGUGCUGGCUUUUUGUCCUGUUACUUCACCCCGGAAGAAAUCGAUGCUAAAGUGCAGCCCACUCUCAACAUACCCAUCAACAAGGACACACGGAUCCGUGUGAUGGAGAAGGAGUCACUAGGCCAGAAGUCCAGGAGUCUGUCCAUCAUCAGUCCUUCGCCAGAGGGAUCUCAGACCAUUGUCUUCACCACAGAAACCAGGGAGGAGCUGGAGGACUGGCUCGACGCCCUCCACCAGCACCUCUAUGAUCAGAGCCAGUGGCUGCACUGCUGCAACCAGCUAAUGAAGAUCGAGGUUGCGUCACCACGAAAACCAUCACUCUUCCUCACCAAGCAGGCUGACUCUGUUUACAAUGACCUCAGUAUAAAUUCACCUGGCAAGUUUGAGAGCAUCACAGACAUUAUCCACGACAAAAUAGAGGAAACAGAUGGCCGCUUUCUUAUUGGUCAUGAAGAGGGGAAGGAAGCGGCUAAUUGGUCCACUCUAUUUGAUGGGUCCCAUUCAAUCAUUGUGCAGAAAAGUAUUCUCUCCCAAAGCAAAACCUCCACCCCUUGUUCAAGCCCAGUCCCCAACCUCAACACCAGUUCUACAUCCACUGGCAACAAGAAGCGCCGAGCCCCACCCCCUCCCUCUGACAGAGAGCCUUAUGCUCCUUCCUCCCGUCCUGCCAGACCUCCCCUCCCUGCUUCUCUUCAUCACCCUCCUCCUCCCCGAUACCAGGAGAAGGAGAAUUCCGGCACUUCACGCCCGGCCACAAGGCCCAAAACUGGCAGACCAUCUCUGGAUGCCAAAUUCUCUGCCAUCAUCCAGCAGCUCCAGCGGAACAAUGCUGGAGGAGCCCACAGCCGAAAAAACGCUCCACUGGGCGUCCUCGAUGUACAACCACAAAGUCAGCCUCAGCCCCCUCUCCAGCAGCAUGAGCACCAGGGCCACCACACCCAGAACAAUAAUGCCGCAGGUGAUCAUGGCUUCCUCAGAUCAGGUCACGAUUCUGGUCCUGUUCCUGCACCGAGGAGCAAACUAAGGAAGUCUUUCAGAGAGAGGAUGAACCUUUAAAGCCUUGUGAACUUGACUUUCGACCAUAUCUAUAUUUAACCAACUAACUCUACCUUACUAAUACAAAUAAAUAUCCCAACUAAGCUAACGUUGAUAAAAUCAGAUAUCACAAUAUUUGACUGUAUCUAAAAAGCGAUAAUGUGAGAUUUAGUCCAAAGGUAGCAAAAUCUGCCUACGAGCAUCUCUAAAGCUCUUUUUUUCCCAUCCAAAAGUGUAAAAAUGAUUGCGGUAAAAGAGGGGUUUUGUGCAAGAAUAUUCUUGAUUGGGAGCAGCGACUUACUAGAGUGGGUUUGAGGGUUAGAUUCUUCCAGUGGCUAACUGUUUCCCCCUGCUUUUAGUCUUGAUGCUAAGCCAAACUAACCAUCUCCCAGCUCCAUCUUCAUAUUGAGCUGAUAGAUAAGAGAGUGGUAUCUAUUGAUCUUUUCAUCGCAUUUCCCAAAAUGUCUAACUGUUUUUUAACCCAAAGGAUGGGUGACAUGGUCUCUUAAGAAAAGAUCCUCACAAUGUCCAUCAUGGCAACCCAAAUCCUAGUUGACACCUCCAUAUCACUAUCAAUACUGUAUUGAUACAUUUGCAGCUCCACUCUCCAUUUAUAAACUUUUUUUGUACACCUAACCCAUAGAUGGAAUUGAAAGCUGUAUGUUGGCUUGAGCACUGCCAUAAUCAAUCCCACUAAAAUGGAAAGGCUUAUUUCUCAGCUCUGCCACUGGAACAUGGGCCGAAGAAAGAGCCUUUUGCAAAAGCACUCAAAUUGGAAUUGAUCCAUUGGCCGACUGUGGACGAGUCAUUCCUUUUGGAACUAUUGACUUAUUCCACUUACUGUGACAACUUUAUGACCACUAUAGCUGAUUUUAGGGGAACAGGGUUUUAGGAGCAAUUGCAGGCACUAAUGUGACUUAUCCAUUUCUCAGAGGUCUUAAUAAUGGAGUGACCUUGGUUUUCAGUGGCUACACAGUAUGUCCAAUGUAAUUCAACACUGCAGCCCAUAAAUGCUAUGAACAUAAUUGAAAGAAUGAGCCUUGUGAGUGAC